AAAACUCAUGAAUAUCUCUAAUUAAAAUUUUAUGUUAUACGAGAAAUAUAAACAUAAGUGACUUAGUUUGAAGCUCAUAACUGUUCUGUCUCGAGAUGUUGCUGCAGCUGCAUCGAUGUUGUCAACACUUUAGAGUGGGGCCCAGUAGAUUAUUAGUUUCCAAUUCUGCCCUGCACUCGCGUGUCGCCUCUCGCCAGCUGAUAACAUGUGCCCGUAGCAAUAGAAAUGAAGUUUUAAGGUUAAGCGACAAAAUCAAGCAGUGCAGUAUAAUCGCACGACUAUGUUCCACAUCCCCAAAGCCGAAGACCCCCAAGGUUGUGGGGUACUGGCUGCUCGGGUGCAGCGGGAUGGUGUUCACGGCCGUGGUGCUAGGUGGUGUCACCCGUCUCACAGAGUCCGGUCUAUCCAUGGUGACAUGGAAACUGCUAGGAGAGAAACUCCCCACAACGGAGGAAGAGUGGAAGAGUGAGUUUGAGCGGUACCAGCAGUUCCCAGAGUAUAAAUAUAAGAACAUGAACAUGACCCUGUCAGAGUUCAAGUGGAUAUGGUGGAUGGAGUACGCGCACCGCAUGUGGGGCCGCGCGAUAGGGGCUGCAGUCUUCCUGCCCGCUGCGCUCUUCUGGGCCACCAAGAAACUGGAUAAGGGCAUGAAGAUAAGGGUUGCGGCGUACUGCGGGCUUGUUGCUGCACAGGGCCUAAUGGGCUGGUACAUGGUGAAAUCCGGUCUCGAAGACCGCUUCGAGGGUCCCAACGACGUGCCGCGAGUGUCACAAUACCGGCUGGCAUCCCACCUGGCGCUGGCCUUCACGCUUUACGCCGGUCUCCUGGGCGGAGCGCUCAGGGUGCUUCGCCCCGCUGCCGGAGCCCUGCAGCAGGUGCAGGGCCUGAAGGGACUGACGGCGUGCGCGCAUGGAGUUAAAGCGAUGGUGUUUAUUACGGCUAUAUCAGGUGCAUUCGUAGCGGGUCUCGACGCUGGUCUCGUGUACUCGUCGUUCCCGAAGAUGGGCGAGCACUGGGUGCCGCCGGAGGUGCUGCAAAUGACGCCCACACCGCGGAACUUCACUGAGAACCCCGUGACCGUGCAGCUCGAUCAUCGUAUACUGGGUACGAGUACGCUGGCGCUGGCUACCGGCGUGUGGCUGCUGGCGCGGGGCAAGAAGCUACCGCCGACCGCCAGGAACGCGGCGGUCGCUGUUGGUGCGAUGGCUUGGUUGCAGGUGACGCUUGGCAUAUCAACUCUGCUGUUGCACGUACCGGUAUCGUUGGCGGCGAUGCACCAGGCGGGCUCGCUGGCGUUGCUGACGCUGGCCGUGCGACUCACACACGAGUUGAAACUACUGCGGUAUAUACCCAAGUAGACGAAGACUAGUAGAUAUGUUACCGAUAAUGUUCUUUUCUACAAGGUGUAACAAAACUAAGUUAUAAUAUUAUACUUUAGAGUUAAGCGUAUGUUAUGUGUAGGCGUCUCUUGUAUAGAGUUUUUCUCGCCGGGGUUAGUUCCCGAACCGGUGUUAGGCACCGUGUAGACAUUCUGAA